UGUCCGUGUCUUCUCUGCGGGUCUCCCGUCUCCCUAAUCCUCCUUCACACAAAAAUUAGGGUUUUCCUGAGGUUUUACACUUCUACGUGAUCCAUCCAACUGUGCAAAAGCCCUUUGCUUUCUCUCCGAUUCAAAUGGUCCUUUCGAACAUUCACCGACUUGCCCACCGCCUUUCUCUUCACUCUGUCGCCGGGAAGCUCUCACUCCUCUCUGUUUGUAGGGGUUAUAGUACGGAAAAAUGCUGCAUACCUAAUCUCCUAAUUGAUUCCAAUUCUUCAAAUGAAUAUAGUUCAGCAAGAGAGUGUUACAGACUACUUGGCUUAAGCAGGAAUGCAACUAGAUUGCUGACGAAGGGACCUUCUCAUUGGAGGCAUGAACAUUUUUGUACAGCAGCAGGCAAUAAUGAUCCAGGCAAUGCAAGUCAGAAAGAGAAAAUUUCUGUAACAUUUGUAGACAAGGAUGGAGAAGAACAGCAGAUAAAGGUCCCCCUUGGGAUGUCUAUGUUAGAAGCUGCACAUGAAAAUGACAUUGAACUUGAAGGAGCUUGUGAAGGGUCACUUGCCUGUUCCACAUGUCAUGUAAUAGUUAUGGAUAUGGAGUACUACAACAAAUUAGAAGAUCCAGAAGACGAGGAGAAUGACAUGUUGGACCUUGCUUUUGGCCUCACAGAGACUUCACGCCUUGGUUGUCAAAUAAUAGCAGAACCGGAACUCAAUGGAAUUCGCUUAGCUAUCCCUGCAGCCACCAGAAAUUUUGCUGUUGAUGGAUUCAAGCCAAAGCCUCAUUAAUGUAUACACAUGCUUAAGAUGAGAGUAAUUAAUGGGUUAUGAUUCUCUUCCAAGGACCAGAAUCAGCCAUUUUUCUAGGACCUUAAGCGGUUAAUAGAUGUUUAACCUUAUAAUACUUGUAGUAAAUCUCAUUGAGCAACAUAUUUCACAGUUACAGGUCUGGCAAAGUGAGUAAAUUUGCCAUUUUUUGCCUCGAUUUACUCUCAAAUAAUAUCUGCUAUUUAUGAAACAACGGACAACUGUCCACUGAUUUUUGUAAUAAUUUUCAAUACCAGAUUUGAAUAAAUGAUUUAUUUCUCUUA